UAAUUUGGGAAGCUCUCGGAUUUCGAGCAAUCUUGCCUGUGUGGAGAAGGGAGGGACUCAUUUUGAGCGACAUCUUCUUUGACCAAACAUACGCCGAAAAACUGGUUUCCUGCUUGUUGAUAGGUCAGAGGGCGGACAAUGGCGGUUGACGUUGACGUCGGUUUCGCUCACCCCCUGCCUGGCAGUUCUUCAUGCUGAUGGUUUGACGGGAGUAUUUGUAGCCGCACACCGGAUGGUUAUACUGUCCUGGAAAGAAAAAAGCUCCCCCGACUGUGUUUUGUAGGAUUUUGUGACGAAAGCUCAGGAGUUCACCGCUCUAAGUGGUUGGAGAUAUUUUCUUUUCUCUUGGAUAGUGCUCUAAAGUUGUCACCAUGCCGGUUUUCCACACGAAGACGAUAGAAAGUAUCCUGGAGCCGGUGGCUCAGCAGAUAUCCCAUCUGGUGAUUAUGCACGAAGAAGGUGAAGUUGAUGGAAAAGCGAUUCCAGAUUUGUCAGCGCCGGUUGCUGCUGUGCAGGCGGCUGUGAGCAACCUGGUUCGAGUGGGGAAGGAGACUGUGCAAACUACAGAGGACCAGAUCAUGAAAAGGGACAUGCCACCAGCAUUUAUUAAAGUGGAGAAUGCGUGCACUAAGCUGGUGCAGGCUGCCAGCAUGUUGAAAGCCGAUCCGUACUCUGUCCCUGCUCGGGAUUACCUCAUUGAUGGCUCCCGGGGCAUCCUCUCUGGGACCUCUGACCUGCUGCUGACCUUUGACGAGGCUGAGGUUCGCAAAAUCAUCCGUGUAUGCAAAGGCAUCCUUGAGUACCUGACGGUGGCCGAGGUGGUGGAGACGAUGGAGGACUUGAUCACAUACACAAAGAACUUGGGACCGGGAACGGCAAAGAUGGCAAAGAUGAUAGAUGAGCGGCAGCAGGAGCUGACGCACCAGGAGCAUCGUGUGAUGCUGGUCAACUCUAUGAACACAGUCAAAGAGCUGCUGCCCAUCCUUAUCUCAGGAAUUAAAAUAUUUGUGACAACCAAGACAUCUGGCAGCCAGGGUGUUGAAGAGGCCUUAAAGAACCGGAACUUCACUUUUGAGAAGAUCAGUGCUGAGAUAAAUGAGAUCAUCAGAGUGCUGCAGCUCACAUCCUGGGAUGAGGAUGCGUGGGCCAACAAGGAUACCGAGGCUAUGAAGAGAGCACUGGGGCUCAUCGACUCUAAGAUGGCCCAGGCGAAGAACUGGUUAAGGGAUCCGAACGCUCCACCAGGGGACCAAGGUGAGCAGGCCAUACGGCAGAUCCUGGAUGAAGCUGGCAAAGUGGGUGAGCUGUGCACUGGGAAGGAGAGACGAGAUAUUCUGGGCACCGCCAAGACCCUUGGCCAGAUGACUGAUCAGGUGUCCGAGAUGAGGGCCAGAGGUCAGGGGGCGUCCCCAAUUGCCAUGCAGAAGGCUCAUCAGAUUUCCCAAGGCCUCGACGUACUCACUGGCAAGGUGGAAAAUGCUGCUCGCAAACUGGAAGCCAUGACUAACUCUAAACAGGCCAUCGCCAAAAGGAUCGAUGCAGCCCAGAACUGGCUCUCUGACCCUAAUGGAGGUCCAGAGGGAGAGGAGAACAUCAGGGCUCUGCUCACUGAGGCCAAAAAGAUUGCAGACAUGUGUGAGGAUCCCAAAGAAAGAGAUGACAUUUUGCGGUCUAUUGGAGAGAUCGCUGCGAUGACUGCCAAACUCUCUGAUCUCAGAAGACAGGGUAAAGGUGACAGUCCUGAGGCCAGAGCUUUGGCUAAACAGAUUGCAACCGCUCUGCAGAACCUGCAGUCCAAAACCAACAAAGCCGUGGCCAACAGCAGACCUGCGAAGGCAGCGGUUCAUCUGGAGGGAAAGAUCGAGCAGGCGCAGCGCUGGAUUGACAAUCCCACAGUAGAUGACAGUGGUGUUGGCCAGGCUGCCAUCCGUGGCCUGGUGGCAGAGGGCCGCAGGCUGGCCAAUGCUCUGCCUGGGCCUUACAGGCAGGAGCUGCUGGGUAAAUGUGAGCAGGUGGAGCAGCUCAUGGCCCAGCUGGCUGACCUGGCCGCCCGAGGUGAAGGGGACUCCCCGCAGGCUCGUAACGUGGCCCAUCAGCUGCAAGAGGCCCUGAAAGACCUGAAAGGAAAGAUGCAGGAGGCCAUGACUCAGGAAGUGUCUGACAUCUUCAGUGACACCACCACCCCCAUCAAAUUACUGGCAGUGGCUGCGACUGCCCCUCUGAACACCCCCAACAGAGAUGAGGUCUUUGAUGAGAGAGCCGCAAACUUUGAGAACCACGCCAACAGGCUGGGCGCCACGGCAGAGAAGGCCGCUGCGGUUGGCACGGCCAACAAGAGCACAGUGGAGGGCAUCCAGGCUGCUGUCAAGUCAACAAGAGACUUAACACCACAAGUGGUGUCAGCCGCUCGUAUCCUGCUGAGAAACCCUGGCAACCAAGCUGCGUAUCACCACUUUGAAACCAUGAAGAAUCAGUGGAUUGACAACGUGGAAAAAAUGACAGGGUUGGUGGAUGAGGCCAUUGACACCAAAUCUCUACUGGAUGCCUCCGAGGAAGCCAUUAAAAAGGACUUGGACAAGUGUCAGGUAGCCAUGUCCAACCAGCAACCUCAGAUGCUGGUUGCCGGUGCCACUAGCAUCGCCCGCAGAGCCAACCGUAUCCUCCUGGUGGCCAAGAGAGAGGUGGAGAACUCUGAGGACCCUAAAUUCAGGGAGAUGGUGAAGGCUGCAUCCGAUGAACUGAGCCAGACUAUUUCUCCAAUGGUGAUGAACGCCAAGGCAGUGGCUGGAAAUAUCCAGGAUCCACAUCUUCAGAAGGGCUUCCUGGACUCUGGUUACAGGAUCCUUGGUGCUGUUGCCAAGGUCAGAGAGGCCUUCCAGCCACAAGAACCAGACUUCCCACCACCUCCUCCUGAACUGGAUCAGCUCAGUCUAAAUGAUGAAGCUGCACCACCCAAGCCUCCUCUUCCUGAGGGUGAGGUUCCUCCUCCCAGGCCUCCUCCUCCUGAGGAGAAAGAUGAGGAGUUUCCCGAGCAGCAAGCUGGUGAUAUAGUUAAUGAACCUAUGAUGGUGGCUGCCAGGCAGCUCCACGAUGAAGCUCGCAAGUGGUCCAGCAAAGGAAAUGACAUCAUUGGUGCUGCCAAACGAAUGGCCUUGCUCAUGGCUGAAAUGUCGCGCCUGGUGCGUGGAGGCAGUGGAAACAAGCGUGCACUCAUCCAGUGCGCCAAGGACAUCGCUAAGGCCUCUGAUGAGGUUACACGGCUGGCAAAGGAAGUGGCCAAGCAGUGCACUGACAAGAGAAUCCGGACAAACCUGCUCCAGGUGUGUGAACGCAUUCCCACCAUCAGCACACAGCUUAAAAUCCUGUCCACGGUCAAAGCCACUAUGUUGGGUCGUACCAACAUCAGCGAAGAGGAGUCAGAGCAGGCGACCGAGAUGUUGGUCCACAACGCUCAGAACCUGAUGCAGUCUGUGAAGGAGACGGUCAGGGAGGCUGAGGCAGCUUCCAUCAAGAUCCGGACUGAUGCAGGCUUCACCCUCCACUGGGUCAGGAAGACGCCCUGGUACCAGUAAGAGGGCUCUCCCUCUUGUCCUUCUACCCAUGCUGGUUCUGUCCAGCUGUCUGGGAAGGACACUGUAUGGACAGAUGUAUACUUAAUCAGAGCUACAGUAUGCGUCCUUUACUUUAAUAUGGGUUUGUCUGUUAGCCCCAUGUCCUGUCUGUAACAGUUGCUGUUCUAUUAGAAUUUAAAAUAGGACUGUUAGAACCAGUUAUGGGUCACAAUCUUACUGGGAAUGUCAUUUUUCUAAAGUGUGCAAAAAGAUAAAAAAAGAAAUGUGUUUAAGUAUUAUUUUGACAAAUCCCAGAAAUAUAUAUUUUGAUUAGAGGUCUGAUUUCAUAUUAUGUAAGGUGGAAGAAAUAAAAAAAAAAAAGUUUUUCUCCAGACAUUUUUAUAUAUUUGUACUGGUAUACAUUAGUACCAUGCCUUCAUCCCUGUUGAACAAAAAGGCACAGUACAAACCUACACAGCACACAUUACGUAUAUAAAAUACAAUUAUGUCUGUUUACACUAUUUCUUAUUAUCACAGGAGAGAAAAAAAAAUACUGUCCCUUGUUUAAAUAAUAGCAAAGGUUCAUUUUCAGUUUACAGUUCUGCCAAAGAGUGUCUGCCACAGUUUCUGAAGCUUGUGUGGUUUAAUAUAAUGGUUCAAUAUUCAGACUGAUGUUGAAAAAAUCUUUUUUAAACAUUUCUAACACUACUACAAGAUGACACACUUGGUUUUAUGUGAACAUACUGAGAAACAUGGAGAAAAAAAUGGAGACAGUCAUUGUUUAAAAGUCACUGUGUUUCACCUUCCUCAAACCUUAAUAUUAAAUGCACCUCUAUCAUUGAAACAAUGUACCAGGUAUCAUUUACUGUAAUUCAAAGAACACUGAUGACCUAAGUUUUGGAAAUGCUUUUUGCAGAGUAGGUUAAUUUGUUUUAUUAUUAUUAUUUUGUAAUAAUAAGAGGAAUUUAAUAACUUUCUUGUUGAGAAAAACUAUUUUAUAGUAUUUUUUAUAUAUAUUUCUUUGCUCACGGUUGCAGCAACUCACUGCCCCUAUGUUUUUUUCCUUCUCAGUCAAUAAAUGGGUUAAAUGGAA